AUGACAGCACUCCUGCUACCCAGACUCACCUACCUAGAUAGGCUUCACCUGGCUUUGGCUGUGGUUGCUCUUGGUGUCACGAUUGCCCUCUUGGUAAAUAUAUGCUACCGGAGCCGAAGAUUGCGACAAUUUGAGCAACUUCAUGGCUGCCAGAAGCCGCCCAACGAAAGCGACCGCUUCCGGUAUGACAUCUUCGGAAUCGCCAAGUCAAUCGAGUUGGCAUACCAUUUUCGCCGCCGAACAUCUCUCUCGUACACCAAUGCACUCUUCGAGAGAUAUGGGGAGACUUAUGUCUCCAAUGUCUUAGGAUUUCGGCUGCUAUUUACCUGCAACGCGGUCAAUAUCAAGCAUCUGCUUUCCACGGCAUUUGUCGACUUCGAUAGUUCUCCGUUACGAAGGCCUUUGUUUGAGCCAAUCACACCACAUGGAAUAUUCACCCUUGACGGUGCGGGCUGGAAGACAAGCCGGGAACAGUUGCGUAGUCGGCUCUCCAACCUUCGUAAGGCCAUCGAUCUUAGCCUGUGUGAGCAGAACUUCCAAGCUUUUCUUCGGCACGUCCCUCCGGAUGGACAAUCCUUCGAUAUUCAAUCCUGCGCAUUUGGUCUGUCUCUAGACAUGCAGACCUUGUUCUCAUUAGGAGAGUCUGUUGAUGCUCUCAGCCCCACCCAGUCUCAAGAGAAGAAACAAUUCUUCGAGGACCUUCUUCUUGUUAAGAACAGAAUCGUGCAAGAUGGCUUCCGUGGCCCGCUUCGACAUUUAGUGCCCAAGCGAAGCUUUCUGAAGGCUUGCAAGAACGCACGAGGAUAUGUGAUGAACUGCGUUAUCAGAGGAUUGGAAAGACAAGGCAGAGUGGACAAGGAGGCAGAACAGUGGCCUACGCUCAAACCACAAAUGGAUAUAGGUGAAGCACCACAGCUUACUGAUCAAGCUUUGAGUAUCCUACUCGCAAAUGAUAGCAUGAGCACUACACUCUCGGGCCUGUUCUACUGUCUUGCCCAGAACGAGCGUGUUGUGCACAAGCUGCGAGCAAGCAUCAUUGACGCCAUUGGAUUGACACCUCCAACGUGGGGACAACUCGGCAUGCUGCAAUAUGUCCGCUGGGUCCUUCAAGAAGCGAUGAGACUGUUUCCCCCAGUUGUUCUGAACGCGAGAGUGGCAAACAAGAACUCAACAUUGCCAACUGGAGGUGGAGCUCAUGGUGACGCGCCGAUUCUUGUCAUGAAAGGAGACAUUGUGGUGUUUUCCACUUGGGCUAGGCAUCGCUUAGGGCAGAAUUUUGGUGACGAUCCUGGGGACUUUCGUCCAGAACGAUGGGAACAACUAAGUGGAGAUAUGGCUGGCUAUAUUCCGUUCAACAAGGGUCCGAGAAUCUGCCCUGGCCGUAAGUCCCCUUCAGUUAUGGUGGUUCUCAGGAUGCACUCGCUAACACAAGAGCAGAGCAUUAUGCUAUGAUUGUUCUCACGUACAUUGUGG